ACGCGACUGCACUGACAGAGACGAGACAAUGGAAUCAAACUGCAAAUCACAAAAUCUUCUAUGCCUGAUGGUUCCCCUGGUUCUAGCUGUGAACCUGCCCACAGGGAGCCCGACUCAGGCCGAGUAUAAUGGGGAAUUCGGCGGAUAUGUGACCUUUCACUGCCCAGUCAAAGAGAACAGGAGAGUCAAAUUGUUAUACUUUCAGCGGGGGGACAUUUUCAUCAACGGGUAUCAUGCCACCAAAGAAAUACAUGAUACAUGGCAAAACACAAAAUUUGACCUUAAAACCUCAACAAUUCAGAUGUUUGAUCUUAACGUGUCACACAGCGGACCUUUUCAGUGCAAAAUCAUGUACUCUGAUUACGAGAGCCCUGAAGAUUUUGAAAUAUACCUCAAAGUUACAGCCAACUACAGCAAGCCUUCAGUUGAAAGAAUCUGUGAGGAAAAGAACAAUGUCAUGGGUUGCCACGUAACUUGCUCAUCACAUGAUGGCUACCCAAGAAAAGAGAUUCAAUGGAAAGACCACCAGACUUUGAAUGAUAGCCAUCAGAUCGUGACUAUAAGGGAGAGUAGUGAUGCCAAUGCAACAACAAAGCUGUUCAACAUCUCCAGCACUGCUUACUUUAACUGCUCCAGUGGAGAACAGAAGCUCAGCUGUUCUGUGGGGGACAUCACCUCAGAUAUCUUCAAAGUCUGUGCUCCAACAAUUCCACCUGAUUAUGUGAAUCUAUAUGUGAUACUUGCCCUUGCUGUGAUUGUUCUCUUGGGGAUUGUGUUGAUAGUGUACAUCACAAUAUCACAGCUCAAGAAAAUGAGAGUUUCAGCCCCAAAGGAAGACACUGAGAAUGUAAAUGAAUUGGAGAGGCUGCAGACUUAACCAGAAACAGUCCAGUGGUGUCGUGACUGUUCGACGAGAAGAGGAACUCUUUAUGUGUUCUAGUAUCUAGGACCAAAGCUAUACGUCACUCGAUUGUACAUUACAUUAGUGGGUGAUAGGUUACACUGACCACAACAGUCUAAAAUGUUGAUAGCACACUGCCAUCAUUUUAGUGACACUUGACAUUUAAGUGUUUGAGGAAGUGUUCUGUAUUCAUUAAGGUACAAUACGUCACUAAACUGAGAGUGGCCAACUUCUUCAAGGAAAUCACUGUUGCAGCGGUACGAACUGAAAAUGUCAUCGUGAAGUUGGUUUACAACUGCGAAACGGAAUGUAGUGGCAAUUCAUCUCAGGAAUUUUGGCUGGAAAGUUUCCAAAAGUUCUCUUGACAUUUGUUACAUGAAAUUUGUUUAAGGGAAAGGCAUUUGAUGUUAGUAAAACGGCUCUAGACUUUGAAAGCUCAGUUUUUUAUGUUCUCUUUAAGUUCUAUGGAUCUCAAUAUUUUAUGUUAUCAUUUUGAACACAAAUUAAGAGCUAAAAGAAAAGUGUAGCAUUUAUAUGUUUGUGUGUUAAACUUGAUGGAAUAUGUUUAUGACUUUAUCCGCAAAUGUAAAUUUUUUUAGUGGGGUCAUUUUCACAGUAUUCCACUGUUAAGUGCAAUUUUGAAUGGAGUGUUCUAAAAACCUUAUUCAUUCUCAUUGAAUAGUAUAACCGUUUUCACGAAUAGUUUUGUUAAAAAAAAACGGAAGAAAUAAUAACUUUUGUGCUGCGUGGUAUUUCAUAAAUUAUUUAUUUCAAUACAUGCUGCUUUCAUAUUUAAGUGUUAAAACCAGUUCACACUGCUUUGAGAAAUGAGCCUCCUACUAGUCCUCACCACCAGUCCCUCUCCGUGCUUUCAUUUCCUCAAUAUAAAUCGUACUGUAAAAACUUUGAGAUUAAACUAUCGUCAUUCAAACUCAAUAAAUACUGUCUGCUGUUUUAUACAGAUGUAUUACAGUGAAGUUCUGUAAAGUCAAAAGAAAACCAAAGGUGCUAAAUAAA